GUACUAGAAAACUACUCAGAUGCUCCAAUGACACCAAAACAGAUUCUGCAGGUUAUAGAAGCAGAAGGACUAAAGGAAAUGAGAAGUGGGACAUCCCCUCUUGCGUGUCUCAAUGCCAUGCUACAUUCCAAUUCAAGAGGGGGAGAGGGGCUAUUUUAUAAACUGCCUGGCCGCAUCAGUCUUUUCACACUCAAGAAGGAUGCCCUGCAGUGGUCUCGAAAUCCAGCUGCAGUGGAAGGAGAAGAGCCAGAGGACACAGCCGAUGUGGAGAGCUGUGGGUCUAAUGAAACCAGCACUGUGAGUGGUGAAAAUGAUGUUUCUCUUGAUGAAACAUCUUCAAAUGCAUCCUGUUCUACAGAAUCUCAGAGUCGGCCUCUCUCCAGUCCCAGGGACAGCUGUAGAGCUUCCUCACAGGCAAACAAGCAAAAGAAAAAGACCGGGGUAAUGCUACCUCGAGUUGUCCUGACUCCUCUGAAGGUAAACGGGGCCCACGUGGAAUCUGCAUCAGGGUUUUCGGGCCGCCACGCCGAUGGCGAGAGUGGCAGCCCGUCCAGCAGCAGCAGCGGCUCUCUGGCCCUGGGCAGCGCUGCUAUUCGUGGCCAGGCCGAGGUCGCCCGGGACCCUGCCCCGCUCCUGAGAGGCUUCCGGAAGCCGGCCACAGGUCAAAUGAAGCGCAACAGAGGAGAAGAGAUAGAUUUUGAGACACCUGGGUCUAUUCUUGUCAACACCAACCUCCGGGCCCUGAUAAACUCUCGGACCUUCCACGCCCUGCCAUCCCACUUCCAGCAGCAGCUCCUCUUCCUCCUGCCCGAAGUGGACAGACAGGUGGGGACAGAUGGCCUGUUGCGUCUAAGCAGCAGUGCACUGAAUAAUGAGUUUUUCACCCAUGCGGCUCAGAGCUGGCGGGAACGCCUGGCUGAUGGUGAAUUCACUCAUGAGAUGCAAGUCAGGAUACGACAAGAAAUGGAGAAGGAAAAGAAGGUAGAACAGUGGAAAGAAAAGUUCUUUGAAGACUACUAUGGACAGAAAUUGGGUUUGACCAGAGAAGAGUUGUUGCAGCAGAAUGUUGUCAAGGAGGAGGCCGAAAUCAAGAGUGACUUGCGUGUCCCAGGAGAGUCAGCACGGCCACAGCGUGGUCCGGCCACCCGGCAGCGAGAUGGGCAUUUCAAGAAACGCUCUCGGCCAGAUCUCCGGACCAGAGCCAGAAGGAAUCUGUACAAAAAACAGGAGCCAGAACAAGGAGGGAAUGCUAAGGACACACAGUCUGCGACACCAGACACCCCCCACUACCAGCAUAGGGAGGCUAAGUCCGACUCAGCCGAGGCGGGCAGUCCCCACCUGUCCGACACAUCCUCUGCAGCGCCAGACCCCAAGGGUCCCGAUUUCUCAGCGGAAACUGGGGCUUCUCGGAUCCAGACCAAUCCGGAUGACCUGGCACGGGCCUGUGAGUCUCCAGACAGAAUUCCCACCUUGCCUCAGGAAACUGUGGAUCAGGAACCCAAGGAUCAGAAGAGAAAGUCCUUUGAGCAGGCGGCCUCUGCAUCCUUUCCCGAAAAGAAGCCCCGGCUUGAAGAUCGUCAGUCCUUUCGUAACACAAUUGAAAGUGUUCACACCGAAAAGCCACAGCCCACCAAAGAGGAGCCCAAAGUCCCGCCCAUCCGGAUUCAACUUUCACGUAUCAAACCACCCUGGGUGGUUAAAGGUCAGCCCACUUACCAGAUAUGCCCCCGCAUCGUCCCCAUCACGGAGCCCUCCUGCCGGGCCUGGACUAGCGCCAGGACACUUGCAGACAUUAAAGCCCGUGCUCUGCAGGUCCGAGGGGCGAGAGGCCACCACUGCCAUCGAGAGGCGGCCACCACUGCCAUCGGAGGGGGGGGUGGCCCGGGUGGAGGUGACGGCAGGGCCACCGAUGAGGGAGGUGGCAGAGGCGGCAGCAUUGGUGAUGGUGGUGAGACCUGUGGCCACCCUGAGCCCAGGGGAGCCCCGAGCACCCUUGGAGAGUGCGCGUCAGAUCUACAGCGAACACAACUACUGCCGCCUCAUCCUCUAAAUGGGGAGCACACUCAGGCUGGAACUGCCACACCCAGAGCCAGGAGAGAGGACCUGGCUUCUCUCAGAGAGGAGGACCGCUGCCCCCUGCAAAGAGUGCCAGACAUUCUCACAAGUGGGCUGGAAGAUGCCUCCCAGCUCCCAGUUGUUCCCACUGGGGACCAGCCAUGCCAGGCUUUGCCCCCAGUGUCCUCCAAAACCCCAGCACCUGAGAGUGUAGUUGAGCAGCCUACAUCGCAUCCUAGUGUUAGAACUGAAUAUGAGUCUAGUCCCACUUCUUGGGAAAAGGAUAAUGAGGAGCAAGAACCCACUCUUCCCCCAGAGAAUGGUCUUAUUCAGUCUCUAGUGGGGAAUGUUGUAUUAGAAGAAGAAACUGGCCAGGCUUUGGAUAGUGACAGUAAUCUGACCAUGAAGGAUCCUGUGAAUGUGACCCCCAGUUCCACCCCUGAGUCAUCAUUGGUCAGUUGCCUACAGGAUAGACAAUUUGAUGACGAAUUAGGACUUGGUGACUCAUGCCCACCCACGAGGGAAAGUGCUACUAGACAAGAAGACUUGAAGGCCGAGGCUCUCAUCUCCAGUGGUGCUGUUCCUUGGAUGCCUGGCCUGUCGAACGACACGGUAGGACAGCCCGAAUCAGACUCCAGAGAGAAUGUCCCAUCUCGUGAGCCCAAGGUUGGAGAAGAAUGGGAGGAGGCUGCUCCCCUUAUUCCUACGUUGCCUGAGGGGUUGACAGCUGAAGAGGGUCUUCAUUUCCCUGACAACUGUCCUUCACUCUGGACAGUGCCAUCUCAGGAGUGUGUUGACAGUGGUGGUGGUGACUACAAACAGGUCGAAGUUGAAAAGCUGAAAAUCAGUGGAGACUCCAAAGCACCGAGUCCUCACAGUGAGUCCACAGACACAGCCUCUGACUUUGAAGGCCACCUCUCAGAGGACAGCAGUGAGGCUGCCCCUAGCGAAGCCACAGUGAUGAAGAGGUCCUCGGUGGACAAGGAGGAGAAACACAAUCGGAGCGGCUCUGCCUCACUCUGCAAGGUGAAUGGUGACCCGAGUCCGGUUACAAGGACAGACAGGAUGGUUGCUUCUCAGAGCUGGGUAUCUCGUGUCUGUGCGAUACCCCCGAAGAUCCCAGACUCCCUGCUGCUGGCCAGUACUGAGUACCAGCCGAGGCCCAUGCCCCUGGGCCGGCCUGGGUCCUCAGUGGAGGCCACUAACCCACUUGUGAUGCAGUUGCUGCAGGGCAACUUGCCCCUGGAGAAGGUUCUUCCUCCAGCCCUUAGUGACAGCAAACCCAAAUCCCCACGGCUCCCACUUGUGAAAGAGCAGGGGAUGGGAUCGCUGCACGAUCCUAGGGAGAGCAGCUGCGCGGUUGACAGGAAUAGCCCCGGUUCUUUAAGAGCUUCAAAGGAGCCUCUUCUACACGACAGCCGUGAAGCCAGCUCUGGUCUUGCCAGGCUGGAGGUCAUCCAGGCUCCUGGAACGCCCCAAAAGAUUUCCAAGACAGUCCCAAGUUUAGAUUCCUUAUAUCCGGUGACAAAUUCGACAACUGUCUCUAGGAAAGCAGAAGUGGAUUCCAAAGAGCAGUUCUCUCCCUUUAAUUUUGAAGAACAGAAAGAAGCCGGUAACUUGUCUCAGGGCAGUAAUUCAAAUGCUGCCCCAGACAAAAGCCCAGGAAAUCACACUACCUCGAGAGCCCCUUGUUUCUUAUCUCCAAAUGUGGUCUCCUUGGGUCCCAGUCAGACCGGUCGGCCCUUGGGUGGUCAGGACAGUGCUGGAGGCCAAGGGAAGAAGCUCUUUGGCUCUAUAAAUGAGGCUGCAGCCCUUCCGUGCCCCAGGCCUGUGGAGCCAAUGCCGCUACCUGCUGACGCCCCUCCUGGUUUUCCCAGUAGAAAGUUGGGGGCAACUAAAAACUCUGUGUCUGGUGGGGUACAGACUGCCAGGGAAGACUGGGCUCCAAAGCCACCUCCUGCCUCUGUUGGCAGCAUCAAGAGUGAGAAGAGUUUUGUGGGGGUCCCCCUCAAGAUGAAUGCAGAGAACAGAAAUGCAGCUGGACUUGGUCCUCGGGAGCUGGUGGAUCACCUGCAGGCGAUGCCCUUUGUCCUUGACCUGCCCUUCUGGAAAUUGCCCCGAGAGCCUGGGAAAGGGCUCAGUCAGCCUCUGGAGCCUUCCUCUAUCUCCUCCCAACUCAACAUCAAACAGGCAUUUUACGGGAAGCUUUCCAAACUCCAACUAAGUUCCACCAGCUUUAAUUAUUCCUCCAGCUCCCCCACCUUUCCCAAAGGCCUUGCUGGAAGUGUGGUGCAGCUGAGCCACAAAGCAAAUUUUGGUGCGAGCCACAGUGCAUCACUUUCCUUGCAAAUGUUCACCGACAGCAGCACAGUGGAAAGCAUCUCGCUCCAGUGUGCUUGCAGCCUGAAAGCCAUGAUCAUGUGCCAGGGCUGUGGUGCAUUUUGUCACGAUGACUGUAUUGGACCCUCAAAGCUCUGUGUAUUGUGCCUUGUGGUGAGAUAAUAAAUUAUGGCCAUGGGAAAAGUUGUAUAUUUAGUGUGUGUAUUUUGAUAAUGAUUGAUCUUAAAUCUGUAUACAGAAUAUCAUUGAUAUAAGACUUUCUAGGCAGGAGCAUUCUUGCCUCUUCCUAAAAUUUAUAGUGCUAAAGGCCCUGUGUCACUUACCAACCUUCCAGUCUUGCUGGAGGGGUUUCUUGAAGGGCAGCUUGUUGGGCUGCCUAAGCCUGACUGGCCAGCCCCAGCUCUCAUGCAGUCUGGUGUGUGGGGAGCCUGCCUGACACCCAGAGGGACUUGAAACUGAAGAAAGAAGGUCGUGUUCUUCAAGAGAACUAACCUACCCAAACUGAGUAGAAAUGUCAGUCUUCCACUGCCCCCUCCCUGCCAUCUUUUCUUCUGCUACUCCAUCUGGGGAGCUGAUUGAUGGUUGGGGAAGAACCAGCACAGGGUUAAUGUAACUCCCAGCAGUGCCCACCAGGGGGCUCAAACACCUGCUGACCUUAGGGUCACAGUUCAUUCAGAUGCCAGUUUGACCUUUGGUUCUGUUACUGAAGCAAAUUUGGGACUUUGCUGUGUCCAUACAAUCCACUGUUCCACAGGAGCUUUUGGAACCUUGAAUACAUCUGCUUGGACAAUGGGGUCGGGCAUACGGUUGUCUUCUUAAAAUGCCAUCUGUAGACCUUGUAAGUGUGACAUCCAGAUGAUUGGCAGGUGAAUGCCUCUGCCUGACACCUUCCCUGCCACUUUGGACUCUACGGGAGUGGGCAUCUCCACGCACAUGUGUAUGUGAAAAUCAUUUUACAUUUUAAAACUGUGUGUGUUUUCUUAUUUUUAUAUUUUUAACUCUACCCUUGGAUGUAUAAAGUGAAAUUUUUGGCUUCUGUAAGUAUGCUCUAUGCACCUCUAAUGUUUUAUCAUGUAUUUAUAUGUUGUACACAGUACUGGCUGAUUCUGUAAAUGGAUGUAUUGUACAGAGAACAUGAACGUCUCUCCCUUACUUUACGUCUUGGGCAUCAUUGCAUUAAAGUGGUAUAAUUGACUUCUUUACACCUGUGUCAGAGCCACUGCAUGCUGUGCUGCCUGACCUGAGGGUGGAGUGAUUGACUUGGCGAUACACCAGGUUGGCCUGGUGCCCUGUCACAGGUCACCCAGUGGACCUGCUGCAGCCCGAAGAGCCAUUGUCAGCCUGCCUGUCCGCACGCUACUGAGCAAAUGCAUCUCGCUCCUCACAUCUCUUCUCCAACCUUCAGUAGCUGUUUGGUGCCAUAUGUGACAAAUCAACACCACCAGUGUUAAGUGCUUCUGAAUUCAAGGGUGAGUGCCCUGGGCAGCCCCAGCUGGGCCUUCCAGACCUGGCUCCAGGGCCACCCCACCUGUUAGCAAUACCUGGGACCAUGCUCUCCUUUUGACAUACUUUUGACAGCGGGUUGGGGAUAAAACAGCCAGGCCUACUGCCUGCCUCCCAACACAUUUCUGACAAAUAGAUGUCUCCAUAGUUGUCUUUCCUCAUACCCUGCUUCCUGCCUUAUUUCUUGUACCUUGACUUGUUGCAGAGUUGAGGAUCCCUGUUUUUAUCUUUGGUCUCCCUGUGUGAGUGCUUCUGUGUGAAGUAUAAAAUUGAUAUGACUUUCAGCAGGUCUCAUUUCAUCUGAAACUUCUCUUCUUCUCCCAUCCCCCACCCUCAUUUAAUCCAGUGUGGCAUCUUUGUCAUCUAAAGCAUGAGUGAGAAGUUGGCAAUGAUGUGGUGGCAGUUUAAAUGCAGUAUGGGUCAAGUCCAAGUUGUCAACUUCAAGAGUCUGUUUACCAAAGACAGGGAACAGAGGCCCAAGCGUGUUUGAUCCUCUUCUUCCUUGUGCUGUGACCUUUUGGGGCCACUCUAGGGUACAGUUUGAAACUGGUCCGGUCCAUGGGGCUGCACAGGGAAAGCACUGCUCUUGUAUGUCUCUUGUGGUAUUGGAAAAAUAAACCUGUACAACCUGCA